AUGGGUGGAAAGGAUGUGGGAGCCGUGAAGGUAUACAGGGAUGUUAUACGCAGCUUGCUGGAAAAAGCUGCCGCGUUCAAGAAUGCGCCUACAAUCGAGCCGCCAGUGACUGAAGCCAACCUGGGAGACGUCAUCGAGCGUGUUUUAGCAGGUGAUUAUGGCGUAUCCGUGGGGGCUAAUCAGCAGACUCAGUAUGCUGCGGUUGAGACUGCAUUUCGCGAAAUAUUUUAUGAUUUGCUUGCUACAACCUCCAUCGAUGAGCCCUCGUUUAUGCAGAUAUGGAACCUUUUAGAUAUUGUCUCCAUCUUUUCGGACAACGAGGAACUCCUGGAUAGCCAAACUAUAGACGGAUGCAGAAUAGUGUUUGACUAUCUCGAAUCUAGAAGAGAGCGCAAUACUGCUAAACACUUCAAACAAAAGUCUCUGAUCAUUCUCAGAUCAUGCAACGAACUGCUGAGGAGGCUCUCUCGUGCUGAAGACACAGUCUUUUGUGGUCGUGUUUUCAUUUUCCUUUUCCAAUCUUUCCCCUUGGGUGAUAAAAGUUCCGUGAACCUCCGAGGAGAAUACCACACCGAAAAUGUCACGACAUUCGAUGCGCAACCUAAAACGCAGGCGGAAAGCGAUGAGGUGAUGGAUAUAGACAUACAAGAAGACGAGACUUUGGUUUCCAAUGCAAAGAGUACCGAGCAAGAGCCUACAACGGCUCAGACACCUUUGGAAUCGACCAAUGAAGCUACACCCCAACGCGGAAAUGCCUCCGGUAUUCAGCCGGAACUUGAGCUUGAUACCCUUUAUGCUGCAUUUUGGAGCCUUCAAGAGAGUUUCUCUAAGCCCACUAGACUGUUCGAUACCGCACACUUCGCAUCUCUGAAAUCUGGACUGGAAGCAACUCUCUCAAGUUUCCGAAAAGUAAGCUCAAAGUUAGAGGUUCGUAGCACAACAAAGGGCUCAGACGAAUUACGACGAGGCACAAAACGCAAGCGUGGUGAAGGAGGAGCCGAUUUGCCCAAUAGUUUCAACCCCAAGUAUUUGACUAGUAGGGAUUUAUUUGAACUUGAGAUCAAUGAUGUGUCUUUCCGCAGACAUAUUCUAGUCCAGGCCUUGAUUCUCCUUGAUUUUUUGCUUUCGCUAACGCCAAAGUCCAAAGCCAAGUUGGCUGAUUCUACCAACAAGUCCGUUCUUUACGGUUAUGUUUUAAGCGAUGAAGAUGCGAAGUGGGCAACCCAAAUGAGAUCUUCUAUUGCGAGCUACCUGCAAAAGGGCGCAGAUGGAAAGUUUUAUUUCCGGAUGGUAGACACUGUCCUGACGAGAGAUAAAAACUGGGUCCGAUGGAAGGCAGAAGGAUGUCCACCAAUCGAACGGCCACCUGUACCUGUACAGAGUCAUUUGGAUACUCAGUCAAGUGCUGCCAAAAUCACAGCCAACAGACGGCUUCGCUCAACUCCUAUGGGUUCGCUGGAUCUUGGGUUCCUUUCUGUAGAAUCAAAUCUUGGGGAUCUUAAUCGUCUGAAAGAGCCUGGAAGCCUUGACUUCUAUAUGAGUGGUAUAACAGAUGACGACUUUAACAUCGACAUGGCAAAAGACGAUGAAGAAAAAGAACAAUCCAUCAAAGCCAAGGCAAGCAAAACUUGGAGGACAUUGAGAAUUGCUUCGAGGAGUAAACUCAGUCAACUGGAUAAAAUAGAGGACGGGAAAAACCUGAAAGUGCUUUUUGAGGCCACGCCAGCACCAACUUCCACGUCAGGAAAACAACAGUCAGAGACUGAGAAUACUGCUGACAUUUCCAAAGAAGAUGAAACCAAAGGAAGCAACGUUGACACUACUGCCCCAGAACCCCAACCCACUCAAACUUGA